AUGUAUGGUCAUCUGGUCUGCCUGGACGUGUCAGGAAUGCAGCACCAACUGAUCAGAGGACAGGCCCCUACACAGAAGCCGUUUUCCACACUUGACCAGGCAGCCACACAGAAGCUGUUCUCUACCACAGACCAGACAGCCACACAGAAGCUGUUCUCUACCACAGACCAGACAGCCACACAGAAGCUGUUCUCUACCACAGACCAGACAGCCACACAGAAGCUGUUCUCUACCACAGACCAGACAGCCACACCGAAGCAGUUCUCUACCACAGACCAGGCAGCCACACAGAAGCUGUUCUCUACCACAGACCAGGCAGCCACACCGAAGCUGUUCUCUACCACAGACCAGACAGCCACACAGAAGCUGUUCUCUACCACAGACCAGGCAGCCACACAGAAGCUGUUCUCUACCACAGACCAGACAGCCACACAGAAGCUGUUCUCUACCACAGACCAGACAGCCACACCGAAGCUGUUCUCUACCACAGACCAGGCAUUCACACAGAAGCUGUUCUCUACCACAGACCAGACAGCCACACCGAAGCUGUUCCCUACCACAGACCAGACAGCCACACAGAAGCUGUUCUCUACCACAGACCAGACAGCCACACAGAAGCUGUUCUCUACCGCAGACCAGACAGCCACACAGAAGCUGUUCUCUACCACAGACCAGACAGCCACACAGAAUCUGUUCUCUACCACAGACCAGGCAUUCACACAGAAGCAGUCAUACACACAUAAACCAGGCAUUCACACCGAAGCUGUUCUCUACCACAGACCAGACAGCCACACAGAAGCUGUUCCCUACCACAGACCAGACAGCCACACAGAAGCUGUUCUCUACCACAGACCAGACAGCCACACAGAAUCUGUUCUCUACCACAGACCAGACAGCCACACAGAAUCUGUUCUCUACCACAGACCAGGCAUUCACACCGAAGCUGUUCUCUACCACAGACCAGACAGCCACACAGAAGCUGUUCCCUACCACAGACCAGACAGCCACACAGAAGCUGUUCUCUACCACAGACCAGACAGCCACACAGAAGCUGUUCUCUACAACAGACCAGACAGCCACACCGAAGCUGUUCUCUACCGCAGACCAGACAGCCACACAGAAGCUGUUCCCUACCACAGACCAGACAGCCACACAGAAGCUGUUCUCUACCACAGACCAGACAGCCACACAGAAGCUGUUCUCUAUCACAGACCAGACAGCCACACAGAAGCUGUUCUCUACCAUAGACCAGACAGCCACACCGAAGCUGUUCUCUACCACAGACCAGACAGCCACACCGAAGCUGUUCUCUACCACAGACCAGGCAGCCACACCGAAGCUGUUCUCUACAACAGACCAGACAGCCACACCGAAGCUGUUCUCUACCACAGACCAGGCAUUCACACAGAAGCAGUCAUACACAUAAACCAGGCAGCCACACAGAAGCAGUCCUCAAUACGUUACCAUGAAAACACAGCGAGACACUUCUCAACACCUGGUCAGGCAGUCUACUAA